AUGCCGCUUGAAAUGGGACUAUACGAUAUUCUUGGGCUUCCUGGAAACGCUAGCCACUCGCACAUAAAGCAAGCCUUCAUAAAGCUGGCCCGCGAAUCUCAUCCGGACAAGAACCCGGUAGAAAAGAAAGCCGAUUGCGAAGUGCGUUUCAAGCGGAUCAACCACGCCUACAAAGUGCUCUCUGAUGGUCGCAAGCGUUCCCUCUACGACAAGUUCGGCGAAGCAGGCCUGGAAGAUUCCGGCUACUGCGAUUCUGACUGCCCUUCUACCUCAAGCGCGCCUUUCCCGACGCGCACCCCUGCUACAACCCAAUCUACUGCCGGCUACACAGAACCGAAACAACCUCAAAAGAAGCAUCUCAAAAAGGGCAAAGACGUUAUUCACGAGCUCAAACUAUCGCUGGAAGAAUUCUAUGCUGGAACAGCAAGAAAACUGGUCAUCACAAGGAAAGUCUGCUGCUGGACCUGUGAUGGAGCCGGUGGAUCGGGAAUUAAAACUAGAUGCCAACUGUGCUUUGGACAGGCCUUUUUCGGACCAGGACUGCCCUGCAGUGAGUGCCGCGGCGAGGGACACAUCUUUCUUUUGAAAGACAAGUGCGCUGGUUGCAAGGGAAAGCGAAUAACUUUCGAAAAGAAGGUUCUCGAUAUUGUCGUUCCUGCUGGAAGCGCGAAAGAAACGCAGCUCAAAUUCAACGGCGCGGCGGAUCAUCUUCCGGGAACAAACGCGGGAGAUGUUAUUGUAAUCCUCGCUGAAAAGUCGCAUCCUGUUUUCGAAAGAAACGGUGAUAAUAUUUCAACGAAAAUCCAAAUCAGUUUGGCGGAAAGUCUCCUCGGCUUUCGACGCAAACUGAAAACCCUAUCAGGCCAAGAUGUCGCCAUUUUAAUGCAACCCGGAGAAAGUGUCCAGCACAAUGGUCAAAAAGUAGUCCCCAAUGCAGGAAUGCCUAUCCCAUCUUGCCCAGGAGAAUUUGGAAAUCUUAUCAUUGACAUUGAUGUUGAAAAAGUCUACAGCAGCUGGCUCCGAGAUCCUCAAAUUCGGAAACGAAUCCGAGACGCGCUACCUCCUAUCGAAGACCAAGCUGGCCCAGAGGUGACACACGAGAUGGUUCUGGAAGACUACUGCGAGGAUCGUCACAGUAGCCGGAAACGACGCCGUGACGACUCUGAUCACUCUUCUGGUCAUCCGAAUUUAUCAAACGACCAAUGCCGAACCCAGUAA